CCCGCCAUGAAGAGAGAAGGGUGUGCCGCCCACCUCUGCUCCGACAGCCUCCCCAAGACCCAGCAGCAAGACGGCAGCCACGCAUCCAACUUCUCCAGCCACAGCUCAUGCCGCCGUCGCCAGCGGCGCCGACAUGACAAGGCGCUGCAUGCCCGCUAGGCCAGGUUUCCCCUCAUCCCCAGCCCCGGGGUCGUCGCCCCCGCGCUGCCAUCUGAGACCCGGUAGUACCGCCCCUGCUGCAGCGGGAAAGAGAACAGAGAGACCUGGGGACAGGAAUCAGUCAAUUAUAGAUUUCUUCAAACCAGCUUCAAAACAAGACAGACAUAUGUUGGAUUCGCCACAAAAAUCAAACAUCAAAUAUGGAGGAAGUGGAUUGUCCAUCACUGGGACAGAAGAGUUUGAAAGGAAAUUAUCCUCACCAAAAAAAUCUAAACCCAAAAAGGUGCCAUCAGAAAAGAGCCCUAUUUUAGAGUCUUUCAUGAAAGGUGUUAAAGAGCACCAUAAAGAUCGUGGUGUACAUGAAUCAUGUCGGCCUUGUGUGUCACUAGCCCCCAAAUUUCCAGAGGGGGUUACAAAAGUCUAUGCUCCAUAUCGCUUGUCAAAAGACAUGAAGGCACUAAAGAAAAAACAUCGAUCUCCAGAGAGAAGGAAGUCAGUGUUCAUUCAUGAAAGUAGCAGGGAGAAGAGUGAUAGAGAUAGAGACAAGACCAAUGCACACUCCAAAAGGCAGGCCACAGUGACAAAAGCUGACAUCUUCAAGAACAGCUGCAGAAGUGUUAGCAGCAGGAGCAGCCUAUCCAGGCACCACCUAGGAGAAAGCCCACUUGGAGCUAAGUUUCAGUUAUCACUAGCAUCUUACUGCAGAGAAAGAGAACUAAAGAAGUUGAGAAAGGAGCAAAUUAAUCAGAGAGUCAACUUAGAAAAUUCUUUCUCAGAAGCAAGCCUUCUUUCUUUAAAAUCCUCUAGUAUAGGAAGAAAAUUUAAACGAAGACACGAACAAAGCAAACAGAACAAUAUCAUAACUGGAAAGAGUAAUCUUUCAAACCUGGAAAAUGGGCACCUUUCAAGGAAAAGAUCCUCCUCUGAUUCAUGGGAACCUGUUUCAGCAGGCUCUAAGCAGAAUAAAUUCCCUGACAAAAGAAAAAGGAACUCUGUGGACUCAGAUCUGAAAAGGGAAUCCAUAAUACCAAGAACAAAAGAGUCCUUCCUUGAAAAACGCCCUGAGGGACCACAUCGGCAAGAGACAUUUAUAAGACAUAUUGCGCUGAAGACACCUGGUGAUGUGUUACGCUUGGAAGAUAUAUCCUCCAAGGAACCAUAUGUUGAAACUGAUCACUCGUCUGCAGGCGUGGCACCUUCAAAUUCUGGCCACCGUUCUUCCAGGAAUAGUGACCAAAUUCAUGUGGCAAGUACCAAAGAGACUAAGAUGCAGAAACCCCAUUUAUCUUUACCUCAGGAAAAAUCUGAAGUUAAAAAAGAUAGCAACCUUCAGAAAAAUAAAACUGCCAGCUCUGUGACAUCAAAGGAGACAAAACUUCUACCUUUACUUUCCCACGUUCCAAGUGCCGGUUCCUCUCGGGUACCAUUAAAUGCUAAGAAUUGCACUCUUCCAGUCCCUAAAAAAGAUAAAGAGCAUUCCUCAUCUAGAGAAUAUUCUGGGCAUUCUGCAGAGUCCUCCAAACACAAGGAAUACAAAGCAAAGACUAAUAAGGCUGAUUCUAAUGUAUCUUCAGGGAAAAUUUCUGGGGGAUCUUUGUGUUCAGACUAUGGCACUCCUACCAAGUCUCCUCCAGCUACUUUGGAAGUUGUGCCAUGUGUCCCAAGCCCUAAAGCACCUUCAGAUAAAGCCCCUUCAGAUAAAGAGAGUUCAGGAAAUUCCAGUGCAGUUAGCAGUGCACUGAAAAGAAAACUAAGGGGUGAUUUUGAUAGUGAUGAAGAAAGUUUAGGUUACAACCUAGACAGUGAUGAGGAAGAGGAAACAUUAAAAUCAUUGGAAGAAAUAAUGGCUUUGAACUUCAGUCAGACUUCUGCAACUACAGGAAAGCCUGCUGCUCUUUCCAAGGGGCUUAGACCUCAGUCAUCAGAACAUACAGAACAUGUUCAUAGUGGAACUUACACAAAUACUUUAGAGCGUCUGGUGAAGGAGAUGGAAGACACACAAAGGCUAGAUGAACUGCAGAAGCAACUACAAGAAGAUAUAAGGCAGGGUCGAGGCAUUAAAUCCCCAAUCAGAAUCGGAGAUCAAGACAGUACAGAUGAUGAGGAUGGCCUCUUAGAAGAACACAGGGAAUUUCUAAAGAAAUUUUCAGUUACGAUUGAUGCUAUUCCUGAUCAUCAUCCAGGUGAAGAGAUAUUUCAUUUCCUCAAUUCUGGAAAAAUUUUCAAUCAGUAUACCCUGGAUUUAAGAGACUCUGGUUUUAUUGGACAAAGUGCUGUAGAAAAACUUAUUCUUAAAUCAGGAAAAACAGAUCAGAUUUUUUUAACAACACAAGGCUUCCUUACCUCUGCUUAUCACUAUGUCCAGUGUCCUGUACCUGUGUUAAAGUGGCUGUUUCGGAUGAUGUCGGUUCAUACAGACUGUAUUGUGUCAGUGCAGAUUUUAAGCACGUUGAUGGAAAUAACAAUUAAAAAUGAUACCUUCAGUGACUCACCAGUUUGGCCCUGGAUCCCAUCGUUGUCUGACAUAGCAGCUGUGUUUUUCAAUAUGGGAAUUGAUUUUAAAUCUUUGUUUCCUCUGGAGAAUCUUCAGCCAGACUUUAAUGAAGACAGUCUAGUUUCUGAAACACAGAUGACAUCAAGGGGAAAAGGAAGUGAAGACUCAUCUUGCAAGCCAAUUUUUUCAGCUCUUCCUGAAACUAACAUUCUAAAUGUGGUUAAGUUUCUAGGCUUAUGUACGUCUAUACAUCCAGAAGGUUACCUGGAUCAUGAAAUAAUGUUGCUGACUUUAAUGUUGUUUAAAAUGAGUUUGGAAAAACAGCUGAAACAGAUUCCUCUAGUGGACUUUCAAAGCCUCCUGAUAAACCUAAUGAAAAACAUCAGAGAUUGGAACACAAAGGUGCCUGAACUCUGUCUAGCCAUAAAUGAGCUCUCCAGUCAUCCCCACAACCUUCUGUGGUUGGUACAGCUGGUCCCUAAUUGGACAUCUCGUGGAAGGCAACUGAGAGAGUGCCUCAGUCUAGUGAUUAUUUCAAAGCUCUUGGAUGAAAAUCAUGAAGAUGUCCCUAAUGCCAAUAAUCUACAGAUAUCACUCCUUCAUCACUAUCUUGUGCAAAUGAAACCUUCAGAGUUGCUGAAGAAAAUGGUCUUGAAGAAAAGGGCUGAAGAACCAGACUGCACUAUUGAUGACAGUCUUCAUUUGGAACUUGAAAAGCAGGCAUAUUAUCUGACCUACAUUCUUCUUCAUUUAGUCGGUGAAGUUAGUUGUUCUCAUUCUUUUUCUUCUGGACAACGGAAACACUUAGUGCUACUCUGUGGAGCUUUGGAAAAGCAUGUUAAGUGUGAUAUUAGGGAAGAUGCAAGACUUUUUUAUAGAACUAAGGUGAAAGACUUGGUUGCCAGGAUACAUGGAAAAUGGCAGGAAAUAAUCCAGAACUGUCGGCCUAUUCAGGGGCAGCUUCAUGACUUCUGGGUACCAGAUUCUUAAAAUAAGUUGCUGCAGCAAAGAGUUGAAACAAGAAGAAUUCAACAAGAGCCUUUCCUAGAUGGGUAGAAAGGAUUACUACAGAAUCCAGUGGAAUGCUAAGAAAAUGUCCAGCAAGUGUGCCACUUGAAUAUCUAACAUGAAGGUGGUAAUGAAGAAAUUGCCAUUCCUGAAGCAGAAAUGAAACAUGAUAUGCUUAAUUGUUGAGGCAACUGGCCUUUCAAACAGAGCAGAGUCCUAUAAAGAGAGGGGAGGGAUGGAAGCAGCUUUUAUAGUUGCAUGUUUAGCCUAUCCUGUUAACUCCUCUUGUUAAAUUACAAGUCAAUUAUCUUUUUUUUGGGGGGGUAGUAUGUGUGGCAGUUGAAUAAUCACAGGAAAUAUGUAAGAAAAGAUUUAGACCAACCUGAGGGGUUUGACAUGAAAUCAAGACCAACUUCCAGUUGGAUUUAAUUUUCCCUCUUGGUUAUUUUAAAGCAAAGGGAAAUCUUAGAACUAAGCUUAGUAACAAAAAGAAUAAAUCUCUUCUGUAACUCCUAUAAACCACAGGGAGGUUUCAAUCCAUGCAUUUUCCUCCACUAUUCAAGAUUAUAAAUCUGUUAGGUUUUUAAAAUACAUUUAAAAAACAAUUGAGAAACAGAACUUUGGUGUAUUAUCAGAUCCCUUUUAAGGGGAAGAGGUUAAGCUGUAGAGUAGUGACUCUGUUUUUAUGCUGAAACAUUUGUACACCAUUUGUUUUGGGUUUCUUUUAAGUGCAUGUAUUUUUUAAAAUACUGGUUAGAUUUUACAGUUCUGGCUCUUUAUAGCCAUACAGAAGUCUGUAUUGUAAAAGCUUAAGAUAUGGACAGGUUUCCAAAAACUGUUUCUAUGAGUACAUGACCUUGGGAGAGACCUGGAUGGUUUUUAGUCUUUGGGAUAGUGUGUGUAUAUGUGUGUGUAUGCGUGUGUGUGUGAGAGAGAGAGAGAGAGUGUGUGCACACAGGUACAUGCAUGUGCUCCCUCACAUGUGCUUGUAUUUUGAAGUUGUUGCACUUGAAAACCACAGCUGCUCUAAAUUCAUAAACACUGGAAAGCCAUCCUUUGGUUUAAAUGGUGGAGAGUUAGUAGAAGUGCACAUGCUGGUCUCAGCCCUAGUGCACUUUGAGUGAGGCCUUUGGUAGUAACAGACUCCUAUUAGCUAACUGAAAAAUUAUUUUAAUUACACAGUGUCCCUUUGGAGUGGUUUGUUUCCUAAAAGAGAAUGCCAUCUUUUUUUUUUUUUUUUAACUGACUUGGGUGACACUGUUCUCCUAAGUACUCUUAUUUCCCGAGAUGGAGCGGGGUGGGGGGUGGGGGGUGCGGCAUUGAGAUGGUAUAGGGAAGGGAACUGGACUUGAUGUUUAUGGUUUGAAGGAAGAGAAAAUAAGUUUUGGAAAGUAACUUUCUUUAAAACUAAAUGGAGGCUUAGGAAUAAAAAGCAUUUUAAAUUUAUCAUUUAAAACAGCAUCAGUAACUUUUUGAGUCCAUGUCAAGCAUUGGGCAGUUAGAGAUUUUAUAGGGGAGACUUAAAUAAAUCCAGUUCCCAAGAACCCUGGCAAAAUGAGAUACCAAGAGUCAGACCAGCAAAAGUUUUAUUCUGUGUUGAGUUUACUGGUAAGAAUAUUAUCUUGAUACUACCUCUCAAGGGUGUUGUUACAGAAUGCCACUUAUGGUUAAAGAGAUAGAUACAAAAAGUUAUAUUUGACAGAAGCUUGAAACUCUGGCAUCUAUCUGCCCAACAAUGGGGGCUUUCACUCUCUGUAAUUUAAUACAUUGUAGAUACAUUAUUUGUGUGUGUAAUUUUAUAAGUGUUCAUAUUUUUCUCAUUUUGCAUUGUGUAAAGUGUACAAAACCUCAAAGUAUAAAAUACUGCUUAUAUUGCUUGUAAUUAUAGUGUGUAAAUAUUUUUUAAUUGUGUACAUUGAUGGGAACAAGUGGGUUAUUCAGGUUUUUUUUAAGUGACCCUUUUGUAUUGCAGUUUCAACAGAUAACUGCUCAUCAGAUUUAAAACCACUUUUAUACAUUUUUAUUUAACAGUUCCAAUUUAAAAAUCUCUAUUUUUAAUUGACUUUCUCCAUUAGAGAAAAAUACUUCAUCUGUCCCUUUAAAAUGGCCAAACUUCAGUUUGGGCCCUUGUAUAUGACUCUGGUAGAUAUCUCCAGUCUCCAGGUCUCAGUCCAGUCAGUACUUGCAUUUGGGUUCUCAUAAAAAUUUUUUUAUUCUCUUAGCACAGUGGUCCAUGGUUUUUCCCACAUCAAGUAUUUCCUUCUCCCUCGAGUCCCAUGCUUUUUCUCCCUCCCGCUUCUGUUGCCCAGUGAAUGGGAUGGUAGUGAGGGAGAAAAUGUUCAUUGCACAGAAAAAUGUCAGGCCACUUUUUUGGGACUUGGCAAACAAAGCUUGCACUGAGUGGUGGUGUGUUUGGCGAUAUUACUGUGCCAAAAAUCACCUUAUCUAAUUUUCUGGAUAAGUAUGUCAAACUUAUUACCCUAUUGCAAGCCAAAAAUUAAGGUACUUGUGUUUAUGCUUUUGUGUGUAACUGUUUGCCUUUUCGAAACUGCUUUUCUUGUUAUCUGAAAAUAUAUUUCUAUUUGUUAUAUCAUGUUAAGUGAAGAGACUCUCUAUGGACAUAUGCAUCUAUGUAGCAGUACCAGCUUUGUACAUUUUCUGUCUAUCUCCUGAUGGCAGUGGUGCCUUUAUCACCUUUUGAAAGCUUGGCUUUUUGUUUAUGUUUUAAAGUGCAAGUAGUAGCUUGCUUUUGACUUCACAAAAUCUCCUCAGAUGUAAAAGAUAGAAAAUGGCGUGUUGUCAUCCAGGCUUUUGGAGCAUUUGCAUGUGUAUUUCUAUCAAAACAAGUAUAGUUGGUGGGGACUGGCCAGUAAUAAUAUGUGGAGUCUUUAAACUGAGUAGUUUUUAUUUAAAAGGAAAAAAAAAAUUAAGAGGUGACCCACUAAAAAGCAACUGAGAGAAUUAGGGAAGGACUGUCCUGGUUUGUCUCUAAGGAGGCAAGAGUAGGGUACAGGUGUCUGGGCCAGUGGAGCAGUUAGCAUGAUCUGUGGUUAUUUCUUACUCAUGAACAGUGUUGGUACACCUUAUUAUCUGUGUGUUUAUUUCCCUUGGGCAGCCCUGUUGGCCAGUUAAUCUACCAGCUCUUAGACAGGCAGCUUACAGGAAAAUGCAGAUUUCCUUUUCCUCCUCCUUCUUCUUCUUUUUUUUUUUUUUUUUUGAGAUUUUAUACUACAUCUUGUUUAAAGUCUUAUGAAUGUAUGUGUGUGUUAUUAAAACUGCCUUUUCUCAGUUUGAA